GAUUACGAGCGAAGCCGCAGGAGCAUUAACAUCAGUUCAGCGUGCUUUUUUUUCGUAGCGGUAUCGUCUUGUGCUCCGUUCAUUCAUCUAUUAUUGCUUCUUCGACUCUAAGGGACUUUUCCUCGAAUACAAAUGGCUUCUGGGGACGACGAUAUUGUCUACAAGGUCUCGGAAGACGAUAGGAGUGACGAUCUGGUGGACGAUGAAGCGCUCAUCAAGGCAUAUAACCGUGCAGUGUCUACGAACGAGAACGAGUUUACAUUGCAGAAGCAACCGAGCACUUCGACCACUGGGUCUGGUUCACACAAACAGCAGAAGAAGAAAGGCAGCAAGAAGACUGAUACACAAGCCUCAUCCAAAGCUAGGGACUGGAAGGUGGGAGAUUUCUGCCGGUGCACCUACUCCGUGGACGGCCGGUGCUACGAGGCCAAGAUUAAGUUUGUGGAUCAGGAGGCCUGCACCGUCCGCUACAUCGGCUAUGGCAACGAGGAGGAGGUCUACCUCUCCGAGCUGCUUCCGUCGGAGGGAAAGUUUGCGAGGCAGCGGCAGACAGAUCAGGCCAGGAGAGAAAAUGCAACCGGCUCGCCCACCCCGCCGAGCGAAGAAGAACGUGGCGCGACGGCCGGUCACGCCGCUCGUGUGCCAGAAGCGCAUCACCAACAUCAUGAUGCAUCGUCUCUUCCGUCUUUUGCAAUGCCGGUACCUCCCGUGGAGCCUCUCUUCAGCAGACUUCCUCCUUUCAUGAAGCAGCCCAUUCCUCCGCCGCCGCCAAUAUGCCACGGCGACCUUCCAAACAACGAGGAGGCACUGGCAUCCAUGCUGAUGUCGUGGUACAUGACUGGCUACCACACUGGCUACUAUCAGGGCCUUCAGGAAUCUAAGGCAACCAAGAAGGAAAGGUGCUGCUGCAAACAUAGUUGUCACAAAUAGUGGUACAUUUGCGUCUUCAUCUGAUGUUAAAUACAGUGUUCCUUUUGUUCGCAUAAAAUGUGAUGCCUUCCUUUUUUUUUUUUUGAUCCACUUGAAAGAGUGCUUGCAGUCAUAUUUCACUUACCGUAAAGCACCAAGGAGUGUGCCCACCCCGCUUUCACUAAAAACUUGGUUAAUCUAGACAUGGGCGCUUGUCUGGUCAAAUCGGUUGACACGAAGGAACUCUGAAGGCAGGGUGAACGGAAUCGGAGAAAGCGUAUUUAUUUUCACACAAUAUCCCCGUCUUCGCUGUUGGCGGUCUUUUGGCCGCCGCAACGUGGUGAAUUUUUGGCCGGUGCUGAAGCUUUGGAGGGGGUGGGCACUUGACAUAGCAUUUUCCGAAAUCCCAAGUUCAAGAAAUGUUAAUAGUAGUGGGUGCUUGUAAAAAGUGGGCGCUUUGGCUGUAUUUUGCGGUAACUUCUACGGAAAUGUCGCAGACAAGUGUUUUUCGAAAGCGUUUGGCAAUGCAGUUUUUGCGAUCGCUUUGCAUUAUCAAAACAUUUUCUUGGGACCAUAUGGAUGAGACCAGACCAAGGUAUGAUGGUUGCUACAAUCAUUGGCUGGCUUGACAUGGAGAAGCAUGCUUUUCAGUUAUGUAUCAAACUUCAGGCAUAACCAUUUGCCUUUACCUGUGCCCCCCCGUACAUGAGCUUGAGUGGUACGAAGGCUACACUUUAUCAAGCUUGUCCACAA